AUUCAAAAGAUAAUUACAAAAAUACACUGUAUGAAUUUGCUGAAGCUUUUGAGAAAAUCAUUCUUAGUUGGAAUCUUUUAAUAAAGUUUUGUAAAGAAUUUUAUCUUCGCCAAAGUAUUUUGUGAAGUACCAAACUUGAAAAUAAGCUGGUGAUCGAAUAUUUGUGGAAGAAGAAAAUGGACGGUCUUGUAUUAAAAUAGGUCUUUAUACAUUAUUCAACCAAGAUCAGGCAAUCAUUGUAAUCAUCAGUGUUGUGAUUUUCAUCAAAUGAUGCCUUUUACAUAUAUUAUCAUUUUCUUCGCAACAUUAGCCGGUUGUGCCGAAACAACUUCAAAUACCACGCUACAAUUACCAAUUACAAUAACUCCACUGUUACAAGAUGGAAUACAGCGAGGCAAUAUAACAAAAUUCGUCCAUCAAAUACACCCAACAUUUUUCCAACACGUAACUUUUAGUGACAUUGUUAAAAGCCUUGGACAUGUUUCUCAUGUUCAACUGGACAAAACGUUCGAGGGAAUUAUGACACUUGCACUGGCUUCAAUGGGACAUGGCUUAACUGUCGAUAAAUUUGAAUUUAUAAAUGGAAGCAAAUGGACAAUAGUCAUGUCAGCUGAAGAGCUAGCCAGCGUCUCAAACAUCACUUUUCCUUUAGAUGAUAAAAUUCGUCUCGUAACGAUCCAAAAAGCAAUGUAUAAAAUUUUAGAAAACAGAUUUAACUUCAAGACUGAAGAAAUAGCCGAACGAUUAAAUACAACGAAAGAAAAAGUUUAUGCGUUUUUAGAACCUGGUUGGAUUCAGGUUGUUAAUUUUAUAACGGAGAAAAAUAUUUUGGCAUUAUCGACAAAUUAUACAAUUCCUCCAUUUUACAUUGCUGAAGCUCUCAACAUGACAUUAUCAGAAUUAUACAACUCAAUAUUACCACAGCUUGACGAUAUACUGGUAAAUAAAAUUGAUGUCAUUCGAGUGGCAGCUGAAAGAUGGAGACGAAUUGUAGCAUCUUCGAUUGCGAAAUUAUCGCGCGUUCCUUCUACUUCAACCAUGAAUUCAACCAUAACUUCAACCAGGGCUUCAACCACAACGCUAAUAAAUACCACAACUUCACCAGUCAUGGCGGAUAUGACAAAGACGACAGCCAUUCAAACAAAGUCUGUUGUUAUCCACACAAAGACGAGUACAUCAAGCAUUUUGAACAAAAUGUCAUCUCGUCAAGAGAUAAGCCACACCCCUGCGACAACGCUAAAUAUUCCAUCUGACACCCGCCCAAUAAAUGUUCUGCAAAAUUCCUCAAUGCUAAUCACGAGUCCUCCCACCACAGGAGGAAUACAAAAUACGCUAAUGUCAACUACACUUCCAGAAAUUAAGAAAUCAACAGCUUUAUCUGAUAAAUCAUUCACCUCGAUGUAUCAUGCACCCAGUUUUGCGAUAUCAACGUCUAUACCACAAAGCAGCUGGUCCUCUGCUUCAUCAUACGCAUAUAUUCAAACAUCCACAGCUCAACAUCAUAGUUUAAUGCUUCAAUCAACUGCCAAAGAAAGUGUUUCAUCAACCAAAGCAGAAAUGUUCUCGGCAAUCACCUCGAAACCUUCUACAGCGAGCAGAAAUAUUGCCGAAAUUCUUACCAGCAUAUCUUCUCGUAAUCAUUCACAAAAGACAUCAGAAGACAUAAAAUCAAGGCCCGCGUCAGAUGCAAGAACGAGUGAAAUAUUUGUGACACAAAUAGUGGUCACAUCAAGUCCCAUAACUACUCACAUAAUACCAACAUCUCUCCUCGUAUCUUCGUAUUCAUCAAUUCGCGACAAUCUAUCUAAAACACAAAGUAAAACCGGGCCAACUGCUUCUUUAGGCAAAGUAACGAGUGAUAUGACAACCAUUGAUGCGAUAGAAAGCAGUUCAAUAGCGAAAAUGAAAAGUGCAUCGAUAGCAAUGGCAUCGUCAUCAAAAAUGGGAACAAAAGCCUCGAUUCCCCACAGAACAUCUCAAAUGACCGAGAGCACUCAGCGCUUACUGAAGAGCACAAAAAGCAGUUUGUCGCCUUCAUAUCCGAGAGAAACAUCAACAAACACGAAGGACCAACAGUCCACAAAUAUUCUAGAACGUUCUCCUGCCUUUACUACAACAUCAACAAACACGAAGUACCAACAGUCCACAAAUAUUCUAGAACGUUCUUCUGCCUUUACUACAUCAGCUGAUGGUGUGACUUGGAAAACAUCUAGUCCUGUCAAUCUAAAUUCAUAUCAUGCAUCAUCUUCACAUUUUGAAGAUAUUGCAAGAUCGUCCAUAUCUUACACCCAGAGUAUCUCAAUAACAACAGGUAACACACUUGAAACGGAUGAAGAUGGAGAUGAAGUUGAUCCUGUCGUUCUCAUCAUGGUUCCAAUCAUGUGUGUUCUUUUCCUGGUUGCUGUUGCUGUUGCAUUGAUCAUGUGGAUCAGGAACAGAAGACAACGACACAAAAGUGCUAACCAAAUGAAUGCAGAAAGUGGCUCAGAACUUUCCAGCAAAGGACUCGUGGGAAGCACGGAAAGCAUAAACAAUCGAACAACAGGUUUUGUAAAUAAAGGUGGAGAUGACAGGUCAAGUCGUUCAAUGUCGAGAAGUAGCAGCAUAAGUAAUUUAGAGACAAUACAAGAGGGGAAGGAACCAGAUGAACCAGAGAUUUACCAUCUUUGAGGAAAGGACGCUAGCUACUUCUUAUAUAUAUAUAUAUGAUUAUCUUAUAAUACAUUAUAAUUAUCGAAUGAAAUAUAACAUCUCAAUAAUAAUUUAUUUCUGGCAAAGUUGUCAGCGUACGGAAGGCUAUAACUUAAAGAGAUAACUACGAAUAGACCUUUAGCUAAUGCACGAUCCGCAUUAUAUAAUUUAACAAAUUGUAUGGGAUAUUAUUUGUGCCAAUUAUACACAAUGUAUGCAGGUAAUUCAAAAUGUAAUUUGCAGGACAACAAUAAUUUUUUGCAGUGUUAAUA